AUGACUUCACAUAAAAAAUUAUUAAUUUCCACACCUAAUUCAAAAUUAAAUGAAAAAAUUGAGGAAUGGUUGAAGUGGGACAAAAAUGAAGAUACAAUCAAAGAAUUAAAUUUAUUAUUAAAAAAUGAAGACUUUAAACAAUUAGAAAAAUUAUUCUUAAACAGAUUGGAAUUUGGUACAGCUGGUUUAAGAUCAAAAAUGGGAGUAGGUUUUAAUCAAAUGAAUGAUUUGGUGGUUAUUCAAACAGCUCAGGGAUUGUGCGAAUAUUUAUUAAGUUAUUUUAAAGACACUUCAACUAAGGGAAUUACUAUUGGGUAUGAUGGACGUUAUAAUAGUAAAAGAUUUGCAGAAUUGACAGCUGCAGUAUUUUUGAGCAAGAAUAUAAAAGUUUAUCUUUAUUCUUACUUAUGUCCAACCCCUUUUGUACCUUUUGCUGUAAAAAGGUAUGAUUGUGUGGCCGGUAUAAUGGUAACUGCAUCUCACAAUCCGAAAGAGGACAAUGGUUAUAAAGUGUAUUGGAGAAAUGGCGCACAGAUAAUAUCACCGCAUGAUAAGGAAAUUCAAAAACACAUUUUGAAUAAUUUAGAACCUUGGAAAUCGUCAUGGGAUUUACAAUUACUUUCAAACAACGACAAUAUCGUUGACCCGAUGUCUGACGUCAUAAGUUCCUAUUAUAAAAAAAUCAAAGAAAUAACUUUGUUCCCGGAAAUGAAUAAAACAUCUCCCAUUUCGAUGGUGUACACGGCUAUGCACGGCGUUGGAUUUCGAUACAUUGUCAAAGCAUUCGAAGUUGGAAAUUUUGGUAAAUUUUAUCCGGUCAAAGAACAAGUCGAACCUGAUCCCGAAUUUCCCACCGUGCCAUUUCCAAAUCCGGAAGAAGGGAAAAGCGCUUUAAAUUUAUCAAUGGAAACUGCCAAAAGGCAUAAUUGUACCUUGAUUUUGGCAAAUGAUCCGGAUGCUGAUAGAUUGGCCGUUGCUGAAAAAAUACCCGAAACUGAUAAUCAAUGGAAAAUUUUCACCGGAAAUGAAUUGGGUGCACUUUUGGGUUGGUGGGCUUUAUUCUGUUAUAAAGCAUUAAACGAAAAUAAAAAUAAUUUCAAAGAUGUUUACAUGCUCUCAAGUACGGUAUCAUCAAAAAUAUUAAGCACAAUGUCAAAAGUUGAAGGUUUUCAGUUCGAGGAAACUCUCACGGGUUUCAAAUGGAUGGGAAACGUUUCGCACAAUUUGAUGGAAUCGAAAAAAACGAUUUUGUUUGCUUUCGAAGAAGCCAUAGGAUUUAUGUACGGAACGGAAGUUUUGGAUAAAGAUGGAAUAUCGGCUGCUGUUAAAAUGGCGGAAAUGGCUUCUUAUUUGAAACAAAAAUACGGUAUGACUCUUCGAGACAAAUUAAACGAAUUGUAUAAAAUCUACGGACAACACAUGUCGUUGAAUUCGUAUUACAUUUGUCAUAAUCCCGUGACGAUAAAUUCCAUUUUUCAAAGGCUGAGAAAUUUCACUGAAAAUAAUAAUCAGAGUUACCCCAAAUCCAUACUGAAUGGAAAAUAUGGAAUUUGCGGCGUCAGAGAUCUCACGACAGGCUACGACGAUUCUUAUCCAGAUAAAAAAGCUAGACUUCCCACGUCGAAAUCAAGUCAAAUGAUUACUUUCAAGUUUACAAACGGACUCAUAGCCACGUUAAGAACGAGCGGCACUGAACCCAAAUUGAAAUAUUAUUCGGAAUUGUGUGCGGAUCCUAAAGAACAAAACACGGAAAAACUUCAAAACACUUUGAAAGAAAUGAUCGGAGCUUUAGUCGAAGAAUUCUUAGAACCUGAUAAAAACGGAUUAUUGCCGAGAAAGGAAUAA